GGAAGUGCUCCGCGGCUCCGGGAGCCGGCUCUCAGGGCCGAGACAUGGCCCGGGGCCCCGGCCAGCUAAGUGGGCCUCAUCUAGACACUGUCACCAUGCCCAAGAGAGGGAAGCGGCUCAAGUUCCGGGCCCACGACGCCUGCACGGGCCGAGUGACCGUGGCGGAUUAUGCCAACUCAGAUCCGGCGGUUGUGAGGUCUGGACGGGUCAAGAAAGCCGUGGCCAACGCUGUUCAGCAGGAAGUAAAAUCUCCUUGUGGCUUGGAAGCCUCCCGGGUUCCUGCAGAGGAGGCUCUUUCUGGGGUGGGUGAGCCGUGUGACAUCAUGGACAGCAGUGAUGAGAUGGAUGCUCAGGAGGAAAGCACACAUGAAAGAUCAGUCUCCAGAAAAAAGAAAAGCAAGAGACACAAAGUAGACCUGGACGGGGCCGGAGGGGAAGAGUAUCCUAGGGAUAUUUGGCUGCUGCUGGCUUCCUAUAUCCGUCCUGAGGACAUUGUGAACUUUUCCCUGAUCUGUAAGAACGCUUGGACUGUCACUUGCACUGCUGCAUUUUGGACCAGGUUGUACCGAAGGCACUACACGCUGGAUGCUUCUUUGCCUUUGCGGCUGCGACCAGAGUCCAUGGAGAAGCUGCGCUGUCUCCGGGCAUGUGUGAUCCGAUCUCUGUACCAUAUGUAUGAACCAUUUGCUGCUCGAAUCUCCAAGAAUCCAGCCAUUCCGGAAAGCACUCCCAGCACACUAAAGAAUUCCAAAUGCUUACUUUUCUGGUGCAGAAAGAUUGUUGGGAACAGACAAGAACCAAUGUGGGAGUUCAACUUCAAGUUCAAAAAACAGUCCCCUAGAUUAAAGAGCAAGUGUACAGAACGGUUGCAACCACUCAUUCAGUAUGAGGAUGUUCACACCAACCCUGACCAGGACUGCUGCCUGCUGCAGGUUACCACCCUCAAUUUCAUCCUUAUUCCUAUUGUCAUGGGGAUGAUAUUUACCUUGUUUACUAUUAAUGUGAGUACAGACAUGCGGCAUCACCGAGUGAGAUUGGUGUUCCAAGAUUCUCCUGUCCGUGGUGGUCAGAAUCUGCGCAAUGAACAGGGUGUGCAAGUCGUCCUGGACCCAGUACACAGUGUUCGGCUCUUUGACUGGUGGCAUCCGCAGUAUCCAUUCUCCCUGAGAGUAUAGUUACUGCUUCCCAUCCCUUGGGACAGCUUCCAGUCUAGUCCGUUAGUAAUCAGAUUCUGUUUGGAGGGGCAGCUGGAUUGUAUAUCUGAUUAGUGAUGCACGUGCUGUUUGGGUUCCUGGGGCUCCUAUUGCAGGAGGUGGAAAGGUUGAAUCAAGAGGAAAACCAGCUAUGAUUUAUACAUAUUUUAAUGUAAACUUUGCAUAUUUGAAAGGAGAAACCUGGCCUCAUUUUCUGUGUUAAACCCCAAUUGGUGCUGUUGAGUUGGUUUAUUCUUUUAUCUCAACAAAAAUGGUUGAUCUUGUGCU